UAUUGAACCGGAAACGAUUGAAUAACACAUGCUAUAACAUCAUUCGGGACAUCACGUGAUUAGGUAGGAUCUCGGCGAUAUGGAGUUGGAGACUUCAAGGUUCCAGUGGACUUGGACUAUUAGAAACUUAAUAUUUUAAUAUUCUUUGAUGGGAUCGAAUUUGUGAUUUCAAUGAAGAAAAUUUUUCAUCUAUGGCCACUUCAUUAGAAACAUUGUGUACUGUAUUUUUGAUUGUGUUGUGUGGAGUUAACGUGCACAAUGCCUCGGGUCCUAUUCAUGUACAUACAUACAACAUGUAUGUACCCGACAUAAGCAGCCAAACAGAUGAUGCUGAAAGUAAGUUGGUUUACUGGGAAAACUUUGAGAAAGCUUUCCAGGAAAAUCCCGAGGCUAUCAAAUCAGCCCUUUUGAUCAGUUAUUUGAGAAAGAGUUUCCCCACUCGCAUCUACGUAGACCAGCAUGGGAAUCGUUACAGCUGGGACAGAAAUCGUGGAUUUGUUCCCGUCAACCAGUACACCAGGCCUGCGAUCCCGGGCUAUCACCAGACCCCUGUGUACACAAACUACCAAAAUCACGUACCGAGUUACCAAAUUCCACCAGCACCUGUCUUCUGGGCACAGUCACCCCAGGGCUGGAUCCCUAUAAGCUCGGACCCUUUUUUCACAUCCUAUACCUCAUAUCCUUUCAACGUUAACAAAUACUGGUGUGAUCCUACCGUUACGGAUUUUAAUAAUGUUAUCCCUCAGCUUUCCACUGAGGUUAGCGCGGAAGACCCAUGUAUGCGACAACAACUUCCAGAUGAGUUUGGGUUAGUCGCGUCUUCCGGCAUGGCUGACAUGUUAUGUGCUCUUUGUCAAGCUAUAAAAAGUAUGGAGUGUGUCUGGAAGUUCUGCUCCCACCCGGAUGGCGUAUACAAAGUCAAAUUGGAUUAUUAAUAGUAUAAGAGUCCAUAUCGUAUCAUGAAAGAGAUUCAUACAUGCAUGACAACAUGUAUGUUUCUAAGAAACAAGGUUCCUCGUACCUCCAAGUUGUUCACUGUGCAAAAGUGGAGCGGAAGUGAUGUCACAAUUCCAUCUAUCCCACUGAAACUGGUAUUGGCAUUCUUGCAUGGCUCUCUGAGCACCGCGCCCAAUGGCGUCCAUAAACAAACCAUACCACUGUAAAAUAAUGGAAAAGCAAUCAUACCAAGGAUAUAAAACAAGUUUGAGAUAGAGUAGUCUACAAGGACAAAGUAGAAAUAAUAGUAUAAAUACUAGCUAUAGAGCAGCAUCACUCUAGUGUCAUGGAUUUCUGUAACAUUGUAAUAAAAUCUGGAUUAGAUGAUUGAUGGUUAUUUAAGAUUGUUUGCUUUUUCAUCAAUCAACUUUCUUCAGUGUUUGUAACUGUUUGAAUAAAAAAUGAAGAAGAAAAAACCCUCAA